ACCGAUUUGCGGGUGUUUUGCUGUUGGUUUCGUUUUCGCACUUCCGCGGCAGGAUAAGGGUUUCGAUUUAAUUUCCGAUACAAGGCGUCCGGAGCUUUCCUGUAGCUUCGAGAAACGGGAGUGUUUUUUUGUCCGAUGUGCCGUGCGUGCCCGCCACUGGUGCCCGCUGUCACGGCGCUAGAGCUAGGUGCUGAGCUGAGCAAGCCAGGCUAUGCUUUGACAGCUGCGAGACUCCGAGAGUAAUGUUGCUCCGAGCUCUCCGACCAACAACUGCUGCUCGCUCGCUUUAGGAGAGUUCACUUCAAAGCAGCUGCUCGCGCAGCUGCAUGCUUCUGAACGUUCUGCGACAAGCUUUCGGGGCAUGCGCCAGGUAACAUGUCUGUCAGCGACCCUCUUCUCAAGGAACUCAAAGCACACAUCUUUGACCUGAGGCGCCAUUCAUUGGCUUUGCCGGUCGACGACGCCAAUGGACUGCUGGAGCCUUUCUGCGUCACUCUGGAAAAGAUUUUCAGGAAGGGGCUCAUCGCGCAAACUCCGACAGCUCUGGGCUGCAUCCGGAGGGACUACUGGGACUGCUUCUUUUCAUUGUUCCACAUCAAGGACAAAGCGGGGCUUCCAUUCAAGCUGUCAAUGGCCAUCGAGACUGUUAGCGAAUUCAAGAAGGUGCGCACGUCACAGGGCAAGGGUCGCCUGCUACUACGGCUACUUCUCAGAAAGAAGCUAACGAGGACAGCUGUGGAACAACUUCUCAAGUGCCGCUGUCUUCUGCAGGGAGUCUAUGACCCUGCGAACUCUAUUCUUGGCAACGAAAUUCUGGCCGAGAUACUUCUCUCGCUGCUGUAUGAAGUGGACAAGGUUUCAUUCAGCUUCAGACUCAGGAAUGCCAGUUUCCUCGACACAACAUGGCAGCUGGGGGUCUACAAAGCCUUCGAGUUUGUGCCAUGCAGUGAUAUGGGCCUAAGUGUUAGGUUUGCAUCUGGCCACGCCGUGGUCACGCAUGUUCAAGAAGGAAGUAUCGCUGCUGAGGAUGACCAGGUCCAGGUUGGGGACGUUCUGGACGAGCUGUACGGGGAGGCAAUCAAUGGACGGAAGCGGGGCGCCAUCUCUGCCCUCUUGAGUCACUUCGAGGGUCUUCCUGUUUAUGCAUCCUUCGUCAAGAGUUCUCUGCCAGACAGGAGUCCCUACCCUCCGGUAGAAGACCUCCUGCGAUCUCUCGGAAUGGCCAACGUUUACAAAACGGCAGGCAACGAUUCUUCCGAGGAACCAACUUCGGAUGUGCCCUUGUCAAGUCCCAGCCUGAUCCUUGGGGACUUUGACAGGCUGCCCGUCAACACUCCCCAGGAGAGCUCUGGUUAUCCCGCAAUUUAUCUCGGCAAGUGGUACGUUGGAAAUGAGGGACAUGUGUUGCAGAUUGAGCGAAGCAUUGGGGAGGUGACCAAGCGGAUAGAAGAGCAGCAUCCGUUCACCACGAGAAAAGUAAUAAUUGACAUCGAUGAUUGCUACAUCAAGGUUCUCAGCCGUUUCACCAAAGAGGUGCUACUAACGAAACACUACACUGAAAUAGCUUCGUGCGGAAGGCGGAACGACAUGCCGUGUCUCUUUGCCAUUGUUGCCGGGGAAACUACGUGCACGGUUGCGAGACAUUUCAACAGUUACGUCUUUCGAGUCCAGGAUGCUCAAAUUUGUCAAGGUAUUCUUUCCAGCAUAGCGCAAGGUUUCAGCCGCACCAGCUGGUCUGUUUGACUUUUGUUCGAGCCAACCGAUAUGCCUUCACUUCGUAAUUGUGUACACUUCCGCAAAACCACAAUCAAUGGCCUUCCUGUGCUGUCCCACCUGGUGCGAGCGUCUCCGUUGGAAACAUUUGUCCCAUAAUAAAUGCCUACGAAGAGUUAAGGUUGCCAUUGCCAUUGGACGGGGGCCAUGGGCGCGUUUCACAAAUAAAACCCAAGCGUAAAAGAAAGAAAAAAAGCUGAGUCAGUAGCAAUACAAGUGAUCCC